GAGACUCCGAGAUGCCCGGGCGACACCGCGGAUCGCUCGCCAGUCGCCACGCGGCUCCACCGUCGCCAAACGUCCCCGACCGACGGACGCGGCGACGCACGUUCUCACACACCUUCCGCCGCGGGCCUUCUUCUCCUUUCCGCUCGCCUCUUCUCCACCUGUCUGUCCGCUCUACUGUAUAGAGGAAGGCCGAAGGCCGUUUCCAUUUCUCGAAGCCGCGGCAGCACGCGUCCUGCUUGCCUCCCGGUCCCGGAUCUUGCCCACCCCGCAACGCGCCGCCACCUCCGCCAAGCAAGCUGCAUCCUGCAGGGCAGCUUGAUCAUAUUCAAGAUGGGGAAGGACAAAGAAGCUGCCAAUCUGAAGGAGGGGGAGACAGAGAUCAAGGCCAAGUUUGUUGAGAAGGAAGAGGCCAAAGACUCGGGUGGUGGCGCAGGGUCUGUGGGAGGAAAGAGUAAAGAGGGGAAGAAAGACAGAGAGAGAAAGGAGGAGGAGAAGUCGGUGGAGCAUGAAUAUGGCGAAGGCGAUGAGAAGGCGAUCAAGAAGAAGGAUAAAAAGGAGAAAGACAAGAAAAAGAAGGAAGAUGAUGGAGAUUCAGGGAAGGCAGAGAAAGAUAAGAAGGAUAAGAAGGCUAAAGAGAAGGACGGAUCAGAGUUGAAGGGUUCAAGUGGUGAGAAACAAGAGAAAAUCAAAGAUAAGAAAGAGACAGGAGAUGGCAAAGAUGUGGGGGAGGAAGAUAAACGCAAGAAGAUAGGAAACAAGGACAAAGAUAAGAAGGAUAAAAAGGCCAAAGAAAAGGAUGGAUCGGAACCAAAGGGUGACAAGGAUGAAGAUGGUAAGAAGAAAGAGGCCGAUGGCGAUGAAGACGAAGAAGGUAAGAAGGAGGACAAGGAAAAGAAAGAGAAGAAGAGGAAACACAAGGGUGCAAAGGAGAAGACGAUUGAUCCGGUGAAGCUGAAGGCAAAACUGGAGAAGAUUGAUGCCAAAUUGCAUGACCUACAGGCCAAGAGAGAAGACAUCCUGAGGCAGCUGAAAGAGCUGGAAGAAGGCGGCAAGGGAAACGCGAAUGAAGAGGAGCCUGCACAUGUGCAGGAGGACAAAGGGAAGGAUGUUGUGCCUGCACAGAUACUGGAACAGGUUGGAGAGAGCAAGGUCGAGGAACAGAAUCCUGUUGCCACAGCCUGAUCUUGUGGAGAUCCUGUAGCGGUUCAUGUAACAAUAACUCUGAUCUGGUUUUGCACACAUGCAUUACACAGUGUAAAGGAAUACAGCCAUAUAGGGCGUGUUUGAAUGCCUGGAUGGGCUGAGACACGUGCAUCUUCAAUUGUUUGUUUGCAUA